CAGCAAACUUCCACACAUGAUGUGUAUAAUAAUCACGAUAGUUUGGCUGGGUUACAACCGCCUAACGUGGGAGCAGACUCUAAGCAACAAGUCUUGAGCGCUCGAUGCCGGAAGGAAGUUAUCAAUGCAGUGCCCAUGGCUUCAGCCUCCAGAGGUCUAAGCCCUAAGCCAUCCUCGCCUAGUACUCAGCGAAGAAAGGAGAACGCAGCAAGGCGAAAGAACUCGACAUCACCGCAACGGCAACAGCGCCCGUCGGAGACUCAUCAGCAGCACGGCUCAGGCUUGAUAACUAAGCCGGUUGAAGCACCGGAGUCGGGUCGUGCCAUUAGCAUACCUAGUACCGCCUCAGAGAGAAUGGAUCCUCCUGAUGACCGGAGCAAAGACUCAGCACCCGUGCGAGAGGCCC